AUGGCCAACCAGGAUAACUCAACCAUCGUCAUCUGUCAUGGCUCCUACCACAGCCCUGCACCAUAUCAACCAUUCAUUGAGGCGUUGGAAUCACGAGGAUAUGAAACUUAUUGUCCUCAGCGACCUACGGCGGAUCUCAGCCGACACAACGUGGGUGAUGUCAACAAUCCCGACUUUGACCGUGGACCAGGACCCGAGGGUAUUCCUAGCGAUUACGAGGAUGUUGCCGUGAUUCAUGAAGUCCUGGAAAGAAUCAUCCAGCAGGGCAAGCGAGUUCUCCUUGUUGCCCAUUCCUCCGGUGGCUGGGUCGCAACGCAAGCGGCGGUUCCAGAACUUCAACGGAAAACGCGCCAGUUAAACGGACAGGAUGGAGGUCUGAUUGGCAUUUUCUACUAUUCGGCUUUUGUGGUCCCCAUCAACGAGUCCAUUAACAGUUUCUUCCAACCCAAAGAUGGGAGUUUUACCAUUCCACCUUGGUUGCGAUUCUACAAACAUGGCGCGGCCGGGGUUGGGACAUUGAUUGAACCUGAGAAGUACAUGUUCAGCGAUCUAGAUGCCGAAUCAGCAUCCAAGUGGGCAGCAACAUUGACGGCAUCACCCAUUCACACUGGCGUCUUGACCAAUGAUGCCUACUCCGCUUUGCCAUGUGCGUAUCUCGUGCUGGAUGACGAUCUCAUCGUGCCAAGAGCCGGCCAAGAGGCAAUGAUUGGCCUGCAGGGUGCGAAUGGAAAUGACUUCACGGUCUACCACGCAGCGUCUGGACAUUCUGCGCAUCUCACCUGCACUGAGACACUGGUUGGAAAGAUUACGGAAUUUUUGGAUCAGAUCAAUGUUUAG